AUGCCUAAGGGGAUCAUUAAAAGAUUGGAAAGCAUGUGUAGGAACUUUCUUUGGACUGGAAAAGAAGGAACCUUUAGAAGGGCCCCGAUUGCUUGGAGCAAAAUUUGUGAGCCAAAAAGACAAGGGGGGCUGAAUGUGUUUGAUUUGGAGAGAUGGAACAAGGCUUGCCUUAGCAAGCUAUUAUGGGACCUUUGCAAAAAGAAUGACUCACUGUGGGUAAGAUGGAUCCAUAGUUACUAUAUAAAACAGGAUCAGGUUAUGACUGUGAAGGUAAAACCCAGUUGUUCUUGGAUGCUCAGAGCAAUUCUGAAUCAAAGAGAGAAUCUGGAAGGGAUGCAGGCCUGGAAUGCUCAGAUGUGUGCUAGGAAAUUCUGCAAGAAAAAGAUUUAUAAUGGCCUACUAAAGAAUGCUGAAACUGUUCCUUGGAGGAAGAUAUUUUAUGAUAAUGAAGCUAGACCUAGAGUUGUUUUCAUCACUUGGUUAGUAUGCCAUGGCCGAUUAGCCACAAAGGAUCGGUUAAAGAGAUUUGGUAUCCUGGAUAAUGAUAAUUGUGUGCUGUGUGCAGGGACUGAAACUCUAAACCAUCUGCUCUUUGAGUGCAACAAGAUGCAUGAUAGUUGGAGGGAGACAUUAAAUUGGAUGCAAAUGGAGCAUACCCCUCAGAAUUGGGAGCAUGAGCUGCAGUGGAUCAGCCACAUGAGCAAGAAGAAAAGUUGGAAAACUAGACUUUUGAAGACUGCGUUUGUAGAGACUGUGUAUGCUUGUUGGAGUUAUAGAAAUGCCAUUGUUUAUAGAGCCGAUGAUAGAGAUCGGAAUAGGAAUAUACAUAAUGAGAUCAUAGAUACCAUUGUUCAUAGGAUUUGGAGGAAACCGAGUCUUAGGGAGAAAAUAGCUCCGUUUCUUCUUUGA